AUGUACAGUCCAGGGUACUCUGGAUUGCCAUGGCGGCCGCAGCUGGAGGCGACCUUAUCCAUAUAUCCAACAAGCACCAGCCCUCUCAUGCCCCAUACACCAGCCACCCGUAACGUCCUGGAGCUGCGCGCGUCGCCGACUGUGCCCAGGCGGCUGUCGAAGCUGCCAACGGCACCUCCGAUGCCUACGCUCCAACCCGGCUAA